AUGGCAGCCGCUCAACCCCCCAGUAUCGCGAUGGAUGGACAGCAUGCAUCCGCGAACGACCAGGGGGAGGAAUCCAAGGGUCCCGUGCCGGUUGAGACGCCGCAUGGGAGCAAAACUGAGAGGGAGCCCCUGAAUUCCGAGGGGUCCUCCGCCUCAGCGGAGCCUGAGUAUCCUGGGCCCGUCCAGGUUGCACUCAUCAUGACCUGUAUCUUGUGCGCCAUCUUCAUCAUGUCACUGGUGAGUUCCACCCUCCCCCCGUAUCUCCUGGUCGGAGCUGCAGCCCUUCAUCGUUCAAGAUUCCAAAACAAACCCCCAUGCAACACACAGGACCGCACCAUCAUCUCGACCGCGAUUCCCCAGAUCACCGACGAGUUUCAACAGCCUGGACGAUAUCGGGUGCUACUGUGGGGCAAGGUCUACGGGUUCUACCCGGCCAAGUACGUCUUCCUGGCACUGGUGCUGCUAUUCGAGGUGGGCUCAGUCAUCUGCGCCGCGGCACUCAACUCGCGCGCCUUCAUCCUGGGCCGCGCGAUAGCCGGCAUGGGGAGCGCCGGCAUCAUGUCAGGGGCCAUCGUGCUGAUGAUGUCGGCGGUGACACUACACAAGCGCCCGCCGUACAACGGCUUCUUCAGCGCGGUACUAGGCGUCUCCUCCGUUGCCGGGCCCUUGCUAGGUGGCGCUUUCACUAGCAACGUCAGCUGGCGCUGGUGCUUCUAUAUCAACCUGCCCAUCGGCGGCGCGGCCAUGCUCUGGGGCGGCAGCACGUACGCCUGGGGUCACUGGCGCAUCAUCCUGCUGCUCGUGCUGUUCGGCCACCUGGGUGGUUUUCGAGGUGCGCACCCCAGCCACUGCGACGAUCCAGCCGCGGGUCAUCGGCAACCGCAGCGUGGUUGCGGCCAUGUGGUUCAUGUUUUGUCUGGCCUCAACCAUGCUGAUGCUGCUCUACUAUCUGCCAAUUUGGUUGCAGGCGAUCAAGGACCGGACCGCGGUGCAGUCCGGCAUCGACACCCUGCCGCUGGUUCUCUCCCUGGUGGCCGGCAGCACCCUAUCUGGUCAGCUGGUUGGGCGGCUCGGCUAUUCACGCCCUUCACCAUGGCCUCGUCAUGCUUGAUGCCCCUCGGCACCGGACUGAUCUCCACCUGGCGCGUCGACACGAGCUCCGGCAUGUGGAUCGGCUACCAGAUCAUCCUGGGCUUCGGCAUCGGCCUAGGCAUGCAGCACGCCGCCAUCGCGGUUCAGACCGUUCUCCCGCCCCCCGACGUCCCCGUCGCCGUUUCCCUCGUCUUUUUCUGCCAGCAGCUUGGCGGCACCAUCUUCGUCUCCGUCGGUGAGAACAUCUUCAGCCAGAAUCUCAUAGCCGGCCUGACCCGCGUCAUCCAUGACCUCGACCCCGAAACCAUCGCCAACACCGGCGCCACCGACCUGCGCCGCAUCGUCCCAAGGGAUGAUUUGCCAACCGUCCUUGUCGAGUAUAAUGCAGCGCUGCACUGGGUGUUCCUUGUCGGCACCAUCAUGGCGGCGCUGUCCGCGCUGGGUGCGUUUGCCCUCGAGUGGAAGAGCGUCAAGGGAAAGCAAGUCGGCCCUGGAAACGAACAGGAGGAUUGA